UACACGUACGUAGCAGGGCGAAGUGAGAAAUGUCAUUAGAACAAAAGCUUUUAAGUUAAAGGGCAACGAUAACGAUGCUACGGUGAAUAUAUAUGAAUUCGUUGUUCGUUCCGUGAUAUCGAUAUGAAAUUCGAAGGAGUCGAAGUAGCGGAGUAUUACAUCGCUAGUAAUACGGAUGACGCGACGGAAACUAGGUAGCGAGCAUCUUUUUACGAUGGCCAACAGUUUGGCAAAAGUCUUCGCGACCGAAGACUUCAAUCCCGAGAAAUUUGUGAAGGAGCUCAGCGCGCAAUGCGUCGGAGCGGACGAGCUGAGGCACCAGAGAGCGAAGAUUCAAGAGCUCGCGAACAACACGUCCGCUCAACUGAAACGCAAUGUUUAUCAGAAUUACAUGCAGUUCAUCGAGACUGCCAAGGAAAUCUCGCAUUUGGAAAGCGAGAUGUACCAAUUGUCGCAGUUGCUCAGUGAACAACGAUCAUUGUUGAGUACUUUAGGAUCCGCCAGGACUACCGGUGUCCUGUUCGAGGACCUCUCUGAAUCCCAGUUGGAGAGCGUUAACGAUUCUACUGCUAAAGAGGAAGAGCAGAAGCAGAAACUGGUGCAACUUCUGGAAAACGUGGAAGGUGCUAUGAGUUUAGCAGAGACGCCUGGACGUGUGUGUCUACACGAGGGUUCUUUAUUAGAACUAGAUUCUUUGGAAGGGACACCGCUGAAGAGGGUUCACGCUUAUUUAUUCAACGAUAUCUUAAUGAUUGCCUCUUGGCUGACAAACGGUGGUAGAAGAGGACCGACCAGAUAUAAAAUGCAAGCCGUGUACAAUCUCGAGAGUCUAGCCAUCGUCAACGUCCGAGACCUCGGAACCGUGAAACUGGCGUUCAAGCUUCUGGCGUUCUCGGACACGAGACUGUUCCAAUGCGCGACAGCGACGAGCAAAAAAGAAUGGUUGGACAAAUGCGAACAAGCGAAGCGAAUGAAACUCGCCGAAGAUAAUUCAGCCGUCGCGACGGACAAGCGGUCGAAAGAAGAGAAGGCAACGAUGCCCUCGCGAUCGACGUCGCUCGAUUCCAACACCCUCGGUAUAGACGACGAAGAUACAGAAUAUCACGAGCCACCGCCGGAGUGGAUGCUAGAAGUAGCGGAGGAUCUAGAUUCCUGCAUAGCGCAACGCCACUUCGAGGAGGCUUACAGCUUCCUAGAGAAGGCGAAAAUGUAUUUGAAGGAUGCCCAGACCACGCCGCAGCUCCUCGAGAUUCAAUCGAAGGUGAACGACAGAGGGAGAUCUCUGGUCGAAGUUCUAACGAAGGAACUCGAAUUAAGCGCGGAAGCGAAGUCGCUUCAGGGUGGCGGUUUGAGAAGCGCGCGGCGCGUUGUAAAAUUGUUAAUACAAUUAAACAGAAGCGCACAAGCGUGCCAGUUGUACCUGCGACUGUGCAGCGCGAUGUUAAAAGCACGACUGAAACGUAUCAAGAGAGAAGGGGCUACUGUACCGUACGUGAAACAGCUUAGCGCGAUCGCUUUCAGCAAUAUCGUGGAAGUUACCAAAGAGUUUUUAAGUAUUUUCCCGCAGUCGACGAACUGUACGUCUGGUCUGGUCGUCUGGUGCAGCCAGGAGGUGAAGCACUUGACGACGCAUUUGACUAAACAGCUUUUUACCCCGCAAGUGUCUCUGAGCACGUUGGUGGAAUGCAUAGUCUCCGUUCGAACUCACUGUGAUCAGUUGACGCAGUUAGGAUUGGACUUCCGUUACCAAUUGGACGGUCAACUCAGAUCACCGCUGGCGAAAGCGAUACAGGACACGGGCGAGAAGUACAUCGAGAUCGUAAAAACGCACAUAGCCGAAGACUCUUGGCGGCCGACGAACUUAGAAACCAGUAAAAACGUUCAAAAGUUGCUAUCGGAAAUGGACGAUCGUGGAAUAACUGUACCACCGUCUUACUUGAAGAACGAUUUCUGGAUAGCGUUGACCGAUAACACUCUGACGUUCUCCAAGAUAUACGUAAGUUUGUUGGAAGAUUGUCUCAGUAUCGCCACGCCGGAAUUAAUGACGAUGAUCGACGGAGUAUUGGUGUCGGUGAUGCGAGUUCAAGUGCAACACCUCGUCGCAUCGUUGACGAACCCGAAGUUGAAACAGGAGAAACAGUUAGUGCACGAUAACGCGUCGUAUAUUCGAAAUGUCGUGAUCAUGCGAGGACUGGAGCUCUACAAAUCGGCGACGAGCCAGAUCUUUAAGAAGCUGUUGGGUUUGAAGGAACAGAUCGUCGUCGAUUCGCCUUCGUCUUUAAACAAACCGAUACCUGCUCCGAGAACCUCGGUACCGAAGUACUCCACUACCGAGUACAUUUAAUAGGAAAUAAUUUUAAAAGAGUAUGUUUCGCAGCCUACGCGCUGCGCGUAUCACGUGUAUUGUACAUAUAACUUAACUCGAACCUUUUAGAAAAUAUAUAUAUAUAUAUAUAUGUAUC